AGGCAAUUACUCAAUGCAUGCAGCAGUCAGUAUAUUGCAAGAAGAUAAGAAUGAAACUGUCAAUCUUCUUGUUCCUUUAUUGCAUUUGCUGUACAAUUGGAGGGCCUGUAUUUAAAGACUGUUAUGAUAUACAGUGGAGGAACAAUGGCCGUGACAGAUGCAGCUGUAGUGGUAUAUAUGAAAUACAACCAACAAGAGAUGCAACUCCAUUCAAGGUUUACUGUGAUAUGAGUACUGAUGGCGGUGGAUGGACUGUAAUACAGAGAAGAAUGGAUGGCAGUGUCGACUUUUAUCGAGAUUGGAUGAGCUAUCAGUAUGGGUUUGGAAACCUGAAUGGAGAGUUCUGGCUUGGAUUGGAUAAGAUAAGUCGUUUGACAGAAGCACAAAGUUGUCUCAGGGUUGAUUUGGAAGAUUUUGAAAAAAAUGUGAGAUAUGCCAAUUAUUCUGUAUUCUCUGUUGGUGGUCCCAGGACAAACUACUGGCUAACAAUUGGUGGAUACAGUGGAAAUGCUGGAGAUAGUUUGAGUGCUCAUAAUGGAAGGCCUUUUAGUACAAAAGAUAGAGACCAUGAUGGGUGGAACCGUAAUUGUGCAGAAGCAUAUAAAGGAGCCUGGUGGUACAAUGCUUGUCAUGCAUCCAACCUCAAUGGCUGGUAUCAAUACGGACCUACUGCUUCAUAUGCUACUAGUGUUGUAUGGGCCCACUUCAAGGGACAUCAUUACUCACUCAUGUUUAGUGAGAUGAAAGUGAAAAGAUGUUCAGUUUAGUUAACACUAACUUGACUUUGUAGUUUAAUAGAAUUAUUUAGUAUAGUUUAAUUAUCAGAGGUCACAUUAAUGGCCAAAUUAUAA